UUUUUUUAAAUUUUAUAUGGUUUUAUGUUAAUUAUUUUAAUUUUUGAAAAAAAAUUAAUAUCAAUAGCAUAUGGACAUAAAAAUGUUUUGUGUAUUAAUUGGUUUUGGGGGUAAUUUUGGUAACUUCAAUCGUGAACGACCUGGAAGUUUUGAUGUAAUUGUAGUUUUAAUUUUGGGUUUUGGAUGCUACCCAGAUAAGAAAAAAGUGGGGGUAGAUGCCUCUAUGGCAAUGAUGCUUCUAAUUAUUUUGCAUUUCAAGGGAGGUUUAAGAGUUAAUAAUUUUGAGUCGUUUCUUAUCUAGGUUUUGAAUUGUGUAGCAAGUGGAGCUGAAGGACUGUGAAGAGUUUUGAAGCGGGAAAUGGCUGGGUUUGCAAGUGAAGACUCUGGAGUGGGGAGGUCUGUGGAAGGGAUUUCAAGCGGGCAGCGUUGUCAAUCAGGAGAAGCGUUAGCAGAAUGGCGGUCUUCUGAGCAGGUGGAAAAUGGAACACCUUCAACCUCACCCCCUUACUGGGACUCUGAUGACGAUGAUGAUGGCGGGCCAAAACCUUCUGAAUUACAUGGAAAGUAUACUUGGAAGAUAGAGAAUUUUUCACAAAUUAACAAAAGAGAGCUUCGCAGUAAUGUGUUUGAAGUUGGUGGCUACAAGUGGUACAUUUUAAUUUAUCCACAAGGUUGUGAUGUUUGCAAUCAUCUCUCAUUGUUUCUCUGUGUUGCUAAUCAUGACAAACUUCUUCCAGGUUGGAGUCAUUUUGCUCAGUUUACGAUAGCUGUUGUGAAUAAAGAUCCAAAGAAAUCAAAAUAUUCAGAUACUUUACAUCGAUUCUGGAAGAAAGAGCAUGACUGGGGAUGGAAAAAGUUUAUGGAACUCUCAAAAGUUUAUGAUGGAUUUAUAGAAUCUGACACACUAAUAAUAAAAGCUCAAGUUCAAGUCAUCAGGGAGAAAGCAGACCAGCCUUUUCGCUGCCUUGAUUGUCAGUAUAGGAGAGAACUUGUUAGGGUAUAUUUAACAAAUGUAGAGCAAAUUUGUCGCCGUUUUUUGGAUGAGAGACGAAACAAGCUAGGGAAGUUGAUAGAGGACAAAGCUAAAUGGUCAAGCUUUUGUGCUUUCUGGUUAGGGAUUGACCAACAUUCCAGGCACCGAAUGUCCAGGGAGAAAAUAGAUAUGAUUUUGAAAGUAGUCGUGAAGCACUUUUUUAUAGAGAAGGAAGUGACAUCUACUUUGGUAAUGGAUUCACUUUAUAGUGGGUUGAAGGCUCUUGAAGGGCAGAGUAAGGGCAAGAUAGCGAAGUCAAAAUUAUUGGAUGCUGAAGAAAUGCCAGCUCCAAUAGUUAGUAUGGAUAAAGAUAUGUUUGUGUUAGUGGAUGAUGUGCUACUACUUCUAGAAAGGGCUGCUUUGGAACCAUUACCUCCGAAAGAUGAGAAAGGUCCUCAAAACAGAACAAAGGAUGGAAAUUCUGGAGAGGAUUUCAACAAGGAUUCAAUUGGGCGUGAUGAAAGGCAUCUUACAGAAUUGGGUCGCAGGACAGUGGAAAUAUUUGUUCUUGCUCAUAUUUUCAGCAACAAGAUAGAACUUGCCUACCAGGAAGCUGUUGCUUUGAAAAGGCAAGAAGAACUCAUCCGUGAAGAAGCUGCCUGCCUGGCUGAAAGUGAGCAGAAGGGUAAACGAGGAGCAUCUGAAAAGAAGAAAAAAUCAAAGAAAAAACAGGCUAAGCAAAAACGGAAUAAUCGUAAAAGCAAAGAUAAAGGAAGGGAGAAGGCUAUUGUGGCAGCACAGGAGAAGCACCAAGAAAACCACCCCGAUGAUGAAAAAGAAGCCUCUAUGAUGGCAGAGGUGCAGCCAGCGCCUGAAAAGUCUGAUGUUCUGGCUGAUGUUUCUGAUGUUUCUGACUCAGUUGAUGGUGCCACUGAAGUUCUUCAGCCUGACUCAGAAGACAGAGAAGCUAGUCCUGUUAAUUGGGAUACAGAUGCUUCGGAAAUUCAUCCUCCCACAGAAGCCAGGAUUGGCAUAAGUGGACUAUCAUGUGUACAGAAUGGAGUAGUUGAUAGAAGGAGCCCAUCUAUAAUGGAUGAUAGUUCAUCUACGUGUUCAACAGACUCCGUACCAUCAGUGGUAAUGAAUGGGCACUACAAAGGGAACUUGUUUUCAAACAACCAAAAUAAAAAAUCUACCAGAGGUAAGAUCGAGCGAAGUAAAAUAUCAAUUGACGGCAGUAGUUGGACUACAGAAACUGAUAAUCGGCCUUCUUGUCCUGCAUUAGAUGCAGGGGACCAUAAUGAUGUUUUUCAAAUUAGUAAGGCUGGUGAAUCUGAGUUUGAGGCUGCUGUUUCAUCCUUGCCAGAUCAGACAAAGUGGGUUGAGCAAGAUGCUGUUAAAAAGGAAGUUGUGUUGCUGCAAAAGAAACGAAGCACCCAAGAUCCAGUUGAUCUAGAAAGACCUAAAGAGAAGACGGCUGCUAUGCCAUCCUCUCCAAAAAGCCCUCCUAGAAAUCUUCCUCCUGCUCAGUUUAGGUCAGAGUACCAGAGUGCUGUCAGUGUAGAUUCUAUGCCAGUUGGGAAGGCAAAAUCAAACAGCGUGCAACAGAGUGAUCAAUCUUCAUCUUCUAGUACAUCAUUCCAAAUUACUGGUAUAUUAAAAUCUGAGACUCCGAAGGCUGCAGGUUCGAAACCAACUGAAAAACCUAUGACCCCACAAAUGCCUGUGAUGUCAAGGCCCUCCAGUGCUCCUCUAAGUCCUGGUCCUAGGCCAGCAGUUCCUGUUGUUUCUGUGGUUCAAACAACUCCUUUUCUUGCUCGUUCAGUCAGUGCAGCUGGACGUUUAGGCCCUGACCCAUUACCAACUACUAGUUAUUUUCCUCAAUCUUACAGAAAUGCUAUAAUGGGUAACCCCUUUGCUUCUAGUUCAGCUGGUUUUACUCAUCCUAACUCCCCUAGCUCAGGAGUCAAUCCACCACCAGCAUAUUUGCAGUCACCUGCCCCCGUAUCUGCAUCUGUGUAUAUACCCCUGAGCUCCCAGAGGAUGGAGCAAAGUUCAGUCCAAUCAGGCUUUCCAUUUGGCUUGGUAACUAGAGAUACCUUCCCUAAUGCGCCCCAAUGGAUGGAGGGUUCUCAAAGGGAUGGCAGUAGAAGUAUGCACUCUGAUCCUUCUUCGUUGCGUAGUGAGAUCGAAAAUCUUGACUUGUACAAGUCCAUGCCUAAUGGAUCCCGGGAACAUUUCUCUACUGAGUUACCAGCCUCUACGUCUGGACGUCAGACCCAAGGUGUGUUGGCAGAUGAGUUUCCACAUCUUGAUAUCAUCAAUGACUUGCUUGAUGAGGAACAUAAUGUUGGAAGGGCUGCCAGGGCAGGAACAGGCUUCCAUUCCCUUGGCAAUGGGUCACAUUUAUUACACCAGCAAAUUUCUUUUCCAUUUAAUUUGGGCAUGUCGGAUGAGAUGGGAUCCUCGAGUAGCACGUGCAGGUUUGAGCGAGCACGGAGUUACCAAGAUGAUGGGUCCCAACGAGGUUACAGUAGUUCCUCGGGCAACCAUUUUGAUACUCCGAUGGAAUUUAUUCCGCAAGUUAGCCCCCUACCUUGUGCUAAUGGACAAAUUGACGGAUUGAUCCCGACCCAGCGGCCAAUGGUGUCUUCCGAACUGUCCUUAUUAGGUAUGAGGAAUGCAGAUGCUGAGAGUUACCCAUACUACAGCCCAGAGUAUUCUAAUCUGGCAUGUGGCGUCAAUGGCUAUACAGUAUUCCGACCUUCGAAUGGACGUUGAAAAAGGUUUUUGGUUUCUGCGUUACAUUCCUGCCUAGCAUCACUGUGAAGAUUAUUUGACAGAGUGUUUUCAGGUAUACCAUUUGCUCUAGAAAUAUCUCCUUGGAGCCAUCCAAAGGAGAUUAAAAUCAAGUUUGAUUAGCAUUUACUGUGACUGAGUAUUGGUGAUGUGAGAGUUAUUGCGAAGCAGAUUCAGAUUUGCACAUAAUCACCUUGGAUCAGGACUGCAAUGGAGUUCAAAAUGAAUAGAUUUUAUUAUUUUAUUAU